AUGCCACCGCCAAUCGACAAGCUACCUGUCGAGCUUCUUACUCGGUGCUUCCUAAUAUUGGCCGAAGAUUAUGUCCCCAAACUUCUUGCCAAACAUCCAAGAAUGCAAGUCCAGUGCGGCUGGAUCGUUAUAACGCAUGUCUGCCACCGAUGGAGGGCAAUUGCUCUCGACGCAGCCUCGCUCUGGGUCACGCCAACGUGGGACCUAGGUCCACGGUGGGCAGCAGAGAUGAUUUCCCGAUCGAAAAGUGCCCCGUUGACAAUUCGCUUUCACUCCGCAUCUGGAUGGUCACUGCCCACAUGGGAAAAUCCCCAAAGUGUCUAUCGUGCUGUUCUCGACACUAUAGAUCGCCAUCUAGGUCGCAUCAAAGUCAUACAUAUAUUUGGUGGUAUACCUCAACGGAUCCACUUUCCGGUGAUGGACACCUUCAACAAACCCGCGCCUGUCCUUCAGGAACUUGAUCUCGACAUCAUCGACCUAUGUCUUCCCGAGAAUUUUCUUGGAAAUCGUCCCUCUUGUCUUCGUACGUUGCGACUGGAGAGUGUUGGUCAUAAUUGGACUUCAUCCUUGUUCAGCGAGCUCACAGAGCUCGCCAUUACCGGCGGGAGCAACAGUCGCCUACCGUCCUACGAUGGUUUCUACGACAUGCUCAAUCGUAAUCUCCGACUCGAAUUCUUGUCCCUUACCGAGUGCCUUCCAUCGAGCAGCGCCAGUUACACCACACAUUCACUUCAUCGUCGGUUUGACCUCCCGUACCUCACAAAGCUGUACAUCUGGGACACGGUUCAUGUUUGUACACAUGUCCUACACGCCAUUGGAUCGUCACCCGACGUUGUCAUCGAAAUUUCCAUAGACUUAUACGGAAAGGAAGCAUGCAACAAAGACAUUUCGAACGUGUUUUCGGCAUUGUCUACGCAUAUGAACCGUCGUGCAGACCCAUACAGCUCCCUUUUCCUGGACCCGUUCCACGGGGAUAGUAACACUACGUUCUCGCUUGCGCGUCAUGCUACAUCGGCGACUCAUUCCAUUGACAGUCCCCGUCAUUACUCUGGCCUUGAUGGUUCAACACUCGAAGAGUGUCUGAGCGUCGAAAUAGUUCGCGAUCCAGACGUUGAAGGAGGAAAUAUGCCAGACGCCCCGCUUAUCAUGGAACUAGCUUUUUCUAGCUCUGUGCCCAUCGUCGACAAGAUCGACACGGUGGCUGUUGCUGAGUUCGCAUCGGAGGAUAUCCUGGACUGGGAUAUCUGGCGCACUCUGCGACAAUUGUAUAAUGUCAGAUACCUACGCACGUCCUCUUUUGAGGCCGUUCAACAUCUUCAUUCCCCCUUUUUCCCCGAGAUAGACUUCGACGACCCUGAGACAGGUCCGACCCGUGCUCCACGUUAUCUCUACUUUACUAGGCUUACCCAUCUGGAACUCUAUAAUGUGGAUUUCACGGAAGACGAUCCCGCAAUGGACGGAAAAUUGGUGGGCAUGUUGGAGUACCGAAAGGGACUGCGAUCACCGCUCUCGCAGGUGACGUUGACGCGAUGCAUAAUGCCGGAUGGGAUGGCGGAGAGGGUAAAGCGAAUGCACCGUGGCGUGGAGGUCCAGGUGUCAGACUCGGUUCUCGGGAGGUGGAGUGUUGACUCUUGGGGGCGACUCUAA